UUGCCAGGUUGUGGAGGAUACUUGAAGGAUCACCAUCAUGGAUAUAGCUUGGUUGCUUUUGAACUGUGAUGAGAGAGAGAGCUAGGCUAGGCUGCUUGUGGAGGGUGAAGGACUUGCCCUGUUGGUGUUAUUAGCUGCUGAGAUGUUGAUGAUGGCCUGAAUAAAGAUGUGGGUUAGCUGCAAGAAUAAUGGGUACAAAAGCCCCAAAAAGAAGGGAAGGAAGAAUAAAAAGAAGAGGCAGUGAUAAUGAAAGAAGGGCAGUGGUUGAAGCCAUUUUUUUAAAAAACGAAAAAUUCCUCUAGUCCAUCGGUCACCAAUGAUUUUAUCCAUCAGCUUGUUUCGCCAGUAGCCUCCAAAACAAAGGAAUAUUCUCUACUUCCGGUUGGGAAAGAUGGAAUGGUAUUGCACUGUAGAAGUGAGCCACGAAUGCUGCCGUGAUCAAACACGAGGAAACAUGGCUUCCUUAUUCCGGUGUAACUUCGUCAAUCAUGCUGUUGGAUGGAAAGACGAUCGGAUGGGGUACCCAAGCAUGGUGUACCAAUGUUUCGGAUCAAUCCUGGUAAAAUUAUUCCGCUGAAACCAGUGAAAGAAAGAAGCAGAGAUGGAGGAGUAGAAGACGAAGAAGAAGAAGGGUGGGUGUAGAGAGUACUGUAGACAGGGGCUGCGCGCAGACAGACAGUGAGACAGACAGUUCGCAGAGGCUGUUGAGGGGAUGGAUGGAGGGAGGGAGGGGGAAACAGCGUUGCUAGGCAUCGAGUACCAUGAGGACUCAGUUUCAUAGCUCAUAAGUGACGACUGUGAAUCUGGAAGAGAACUUAGCUAGCUCCCUUGUCCCUGCAUCCCAGCUGUCCCUCCUCCCCCCCCUCGUCCCUCACUCUCCUGUCCUCUCUCCCUCCCUCCCUCACCCCUCUCUCUCAUCAACAUGCCAGAAUCAUAAGCAUGCAUUCUCGUACGCUGGUCUGAUGAGCUUGAGCUUUGAGUACAAGACAAGAGGUCUAUGAUUGCGAGUAGACAAUUUCGACCUGGAUGCACCCACAGGGUGCAGUAUUGUAUGUGUAGAGGAGGCUUGAGCGUGGAGGACGUAGAGAGCUGCAGGUUGUAUCUCGAUGUUGAUGUUGCGAAGAUCAAUGAGAUGCUGAGCUGAGGUAGGUUGCUUGUGAUGGAGUGGUGGGUCGUGGGUCUAUAACUUCCCUCAUGAGAUGCUGUCGGGUAUUGGGUUUCUGUGGACUUGAUUGGUUGAGUGAGCAACCGUGGGAUGAUGCCAAGAGUGGAUUUCGUUGUUUCAGUGAGAGUGAGCGAUAACAACGUAUUGGCAGAAUUUGUCCCACUGGAGGUUGCUGCUCUUAGCUUUCGGAACACAAUGCGCUCGUGUUCGACAUGGCCCUGCGCUGGGUGGUCACUGUAGUGUCAUCUGGUGUGCCGAGCUGAAGCUUCUUCCUGUGCUCCUUCACAUCGGUAAUUGGUUUGUAUCCACACAAUUGCCUCGUUACAGUAGAACCAAGAUUCUGAAAGGUUUGAUAGACGACGCGGCGUGGGCGGACCGCUCCUCUGGCACAAGAUGCAGAAGAAGCGUUUCAUGUCAGAGUAGCGCUUACUGAGAUAGGGGUAGAAGCGCGAUUGUAUGCUGGCUGUAAGAGGCUGUGCAUUCUGCUCGAUCAGCUGUUAGGGUCAGGUAUCAGGAGUCCAACAGUAGGAAGAGAUUGAAGCGAGACGUUUGGUCGGGGACGAUUACUCAAGCGCGGGACAUUAUCGGUUGGAUCAGAUAUUUAUUUCUGGAGCAUACUGCACUCAUUCAGACACCCCGCUGCAGCAAAGGGUGAAUUCUCUGCGAGAAUCCUUUCUCACGUUGAAGAGCUCUACUUGCAAUAUGUUGAAGGAGUGCGCUGCGCUGCGACGCGUAUGCGUAGAUGUAGACGGCUGACCAUUCUCAAUAAGCUGAAGAAAGUUUUUCGAUAUCAGAGUAAAGGAUAUAAUCCGGACACCUAGUGCGGUUCGUCGCAAUGCCAGUGUCAGCAGACCUUCUCAAAGCCUUGGCAGAAGACCCCAAGGCACUGGAACAGCAACUCGGCUGUACGACAGGACUGUUCCAGAUCUUUGAUCGCCAAGGCCUUGGUCGCCGCUAUGGAUCUAAGCGCGUCAGCAAUGCUGCCAGUGGGCAAUCACAACCUACAUCAGCCUGCGAGACGCCCCGCCAUGACCGCAGCAACAAUCCAUAUUGGAUGUUUGAGGAUGACUCGUCGCAGAGAAUUUCUGCCGACAGCUUCGACCGCCCUAAAGACUCCACAGCCGAAAGCACACGAGCUCACCACCACCACAGGGCCUACUCUGACAGCAGCGAGGUAUUUACCAAAUCCUGCGAGACGCGGACCGAGAGCAGAACCUCCCCUGAUGAGAAAUCCCAGGUCGACAACUCCCCGAUGUAUUCCGAGGGGAGCGUGGGCGGAUUAGCAUUCUACUUCAACGAUCAAGCGUUGGAGAGCACCGUGAACUCUGCCACUUCAAAUUACCCCAACUAUGAUCUCACCACCGAGUGCAAGAAGCUCAAUGUUAUGAUUCCAUCUCGUGCAGAUUCCGAGCCGAAAGCCAACGGCUCCAACAUUCGUGACAUAGUUCGCGCCUCCCUUAACCGAGAUAAUCGGGCUCGUAGGGGUUUAGUGAGCUCCAGAGAACUACCGCGGUUGUCCGUGGAUGAGCGUUACAGCCAGGGGUGUGUGAAAAAUUUACCAAGGUCUUCUUCUGUGGACGGUAAAGAUAGGAUGAGGUUGUCAGUGGACGGAAGAUUAGACCCUGGAGGAGCUCGACCAAAACCAGCCGAUUUGCCACGAUCUUCUUCCGUCGGUGGGCUAGGGACUGUGCGGGUGCUAGCUGAUUGGAAGGAUGGGCUUCGAAGCUCGGGAGGGUCGCCGAGGCUGACCGUCAAGGAGAAGGAUUCACUCAAGCAUCAGAACUCGGAGGUGCUUCCAAGGAAUUCUGUUUCGAAUACCGCGACUGAUGGGCGUGACGCAACCCGAUUGACAGUCGAAUUGAAAGAAGGCCCUCGGUUGUCUCUGUCAGGAGACGAUCGGCGAGCGUCUGGGAAUGGAAAAGUGUUAGUAUCCCCGAGGCCGAUUCGACGCUGCAGAGAAACGAGUGACCUUCCAUCGAUAACUCCAGAUUUCAAGGAUUCUAUCCGCGCUGCAGAAAUCAAGGAGUUUCUACGAGCCCCUCAGAAAAUUGGGUCUAAAGAGGGCCAUCGAUUCUCCGUGGAUGGUACUCGAGACGCGCCUCGCGCAUGCACUGCCCCACGAUUAUCUGUUGAUGGCCGUGAUUCUGCAAAUUCGAGCACACUGGUGCUGCGCAAGCUGAAACUGGGCGAACUCGAUCGAUCGGAGCUGGAGGACACUAACGAAAACGCGCAGUUCAAUCGACAAUCGUCUGGAAGGAGAAAUUUGGACGGUGGUACCCGUCCGAAGGCAUCAAAUGUGGUUGCGCGGUUGAUGGGAUUAGAUGAGCUGCCGAGGGCUAAAGAGCUGCCUGUGGGAGUUAAAGAUGCCUCAAGGAGAAGCGCUAAGACGGAGACUGAUCUCCUAGCCAAUAAGUUUUCGCGGUGCCACCCAUUGAAUGGUGGAUCUCCACCUCCCCCGCCAUCUCCUUCAGACGACUACGAUUAUGCGCACCACUCCUCUGACCACGAACAUUUUCAAGGUCAUAGUCGGAGUAAAGCUGCUGCUGGCCAUCAUGGUUUGAGGCCUGUAGAAGAUCCUUAUUCGCAGAGACAACCUCCUCUCUCAAAUUCCAAGCACCAAUACUUUGAGCAAGAAUCUCCGAAUGUCCAACUCCAGAUCAUCACUACACCCUUGAACAUGAGGACUUCAGAAGAUCAUGCUGCACUCGAUUCCAGGCAGUCGGUUGAGACGGACAAGUAUGAUUCCAAACCGCGAGAUGAUGAGUUGGAUCUCAAGGAGCCACGCCAGGUGCGUAAGUCUCCUCAAGGAAGGAGAUCACUGUGGCAUAUCUUCGAAGCCAUGCAGCUCAAGAGAGUAUUUCAUACCUCUUCUCGUCGGAAGAAUGCGGAAGCUUUGAAGUUACAAAGUCUGGAGGUGACAGGGGAGAAAGAGUGCCAGGUGACGAGGGCUCGAUCUCAGUGCGUUCCUCCAGUUCUCUCAGCCUCAAAUUAUCUGGAUUACCAAGAUACUCCAAGGGCCAGCCUUGUUAGUACGACUCCUAGACCGCCGGAGCAGAAGAGAUCUAUCCAUGGGCAAGGCCAGAAAGCUGGUGUAUCAGAAGCAGAUGAGGAGUCACCCGUGGUAGUGAAGCCCAUUAUCACGAGGGCCGUGUCAUACAAAUCGCAGGCUCCACCUUUAGCAGCUCCAUAUCAACCAUGCGCAAUGGCGUACAGUAAGACGGAUAAAGGAACAUAUAAUCCUGACGAAGAAAUUUCGCCCCGAAACAUCUGCAGCAAUUUGAUCGAGAAUGCCCACAAUCACAAGGCCACUGUCAACGAGUUGUUUCCGAAAGCUCAGCCGCAGGAGUCCUCGAAGGUUACAGAUCCUUCAAAUAGCAGUCCUAGUCUUCGGCAGGCUAAGAAGGAGCGCAGCGCAGCUCGCAUGUCGAAGUCGCUUUUGGAUGCCCAACAAAGUGGGCGAGAUUCGUCUAGUCCCAGGGGUCCUCGAGCUACCACAUCGACCCAGGAGAAGCCAGCUCGGCCAUGCUCUCAACCUGACUUGGCGACCUCGGUAUCUCCUAGAUGCUCCAUUGGCAGACUGGAACACGUGAACCGCCCGGUGGAUGCUGGUAAUGGGCGGAGGAAAGCUUUUGCUGUGAAAGAGGUAGAGACCAAAGCUUCCCUUGCGAACUUGAGGGCGAAUGCUACGAAGCAAGAGUUUCUCAAGGGGAGGGCGAGUGGUGAUCCGGAUACCCCGAGACCACUGCGUCGAAGCAGCUCGGAAAGCAAGCUUUUUACCAAAAUUGCUCAGAAGGCCACCACUGCUGAAAUUCCAGCUCCGACAUCAUCUGGUGGAAAAACACCUUCCAACAUGCGUUUCAGAUCGAAGAGGCUGGUUUCUAAAGAUAACAAGUCAUCUGUGAAGAAUGGUCCCACAUGUCUUGAUGUGAACGUAAAAAUUUCGUCGGCAAAAGAUGAUUUGGUGCUGGCAUCGCGUGUUAUUAGAGUUCCGUCUGUUUGUGACAGUGUCGCAGAUACAGAAACCUCUUCACAAGAACAGAAGACUAGUGUUCCUCUUGCAAGAAGCUCGUUGCCGGAGACAGUGCGUGCCACACAAGGUGGAGCAUUAGACCAUAGUGGGGAUACAACUAACGCAAAUGCAAGGCUACACAGAAUGGAGUCCAAGGCUAACGAGAAGGCAAUGGACAUCGACGAGGUAGUGAAAACACCUCAUGGGGUUUCAACUAAGAAGAUGGAUUUCUUGGAAGAUGUGCUAGCUGAAGUCGCUGACCAACCAAGUCCCGUCUCUGUGUUGGAUAACUUUCAUUUUGAUGAGGAGCUAACGCCAAGUCCUAAAGCGGGAAAAUCCAGUGUUGCCGGUCUCCAAGAUCAACAUGGUCCAAAGAAAGAUAAACUCUGGAACACUGCACGAUUUUUAGAUCUUGAUCUCGAGGAAGCAUCCCCUGCAGCCUUGUUGAAAGCUCCAGACGAUAGUGACACUCUCUCAGAAACGAAGGUUACACCCCCAGUGGAUACUUAUUCACAAGUUCAAGAUAAGAGUAUAUCCAUGCCAACUAAAGAUUCGAAGCACCGAAACUGGCUUCGUAUAUGUCUCAGAGACGCAGGUGAAGAGAGAAUGUAUGUGAAGGAUCUUUUGGAGACUUCCGAGGUUGCAAGAAGAUGUGCUACUCCUAACUUCGUACGUAGCUCCACCGGCUAUAUUUUGGAUUCGAACGUCUUCGAUCAAUUGGAAACAAAACGCAGAUUUUCGGAGAGUGAUGAGCAAGACAUUUUGAACCGUCGCAUUCUCUUCGAGAGUGUCAACGAGGUUCUAAAAAGGAUAUUGGAGACGCAAUUGAGGUCAAUGCAGUGGAUGGGGUUCUUCAAGCCGAGCUUGACGAAGAGAUCCACGGGGACGCAGUUACUGAAGGAAGUUUUGACCGAGUUGGGGGAUCUUCCGUGUGCUGCUUUGGAGGAUGAUUAUGACACUGUCCAGGUGAUUUUGCGCCAAGAUCUGGAGCGAGGCCGAGGGCUGCAGUGGUUCGAUUAUAACACAGAGCUUGAGAAGAUCUGCGUUAGGGUGGAAAAGAUGAUCAUGAAGGAUCUUAUUGGGGAGACAGUCAGGGAGUUGAACGCCUGUCGUUGGCAGAAUCCUCUUGGAAUAGCGGAGUCGAGUAGGAGACAACUGUUUGCCUAAUAAAUAUAUAUAUAUAUAUAUAUAUAUAUAUAUAUAUGUUGUAUAGUUCACUACCUUGUACAUUUGAUGCUAAAUUUAUCAUAUUUAAGUCACUAGCACAUCACUGCUAUUUGAUGAAUUUACCGUCUU